AUGGGAUUCAGUCAGAACGGAAGGGAAAGUUCUCAAAACAACAGCUCAGGGGAAAGGAGCAACUCAGUCAUAGUACGUCCUUCAGUUUCAGGAUGACUCGUCUGCUUUUUCUCGUUGCGCUCCUUCCUCAGCUUCCAGGUGUCCGGUGCUCUGUGAAGACAGAUAAAGAAUGGACAGUGUUCGAGGGUAAAUCAAUCACUGUCCCCUGCUACUACAUGCCUGAGUACACUCUGAAUGUGAAGUACUGGUGCCAUGGCUCCGUAUAUGACUUCUGCUCCAGUCUAGCUCGCACAGACAAGCCGGACAAUGCUCCAUCCUCAAAUGAGAGAAUAACAAUCGCUGAUGAUCCCACGCAGCACAUGUUCACAGUGACCAUGCGUGAGCUGAAGGAGACGGACUCAGGGUGGUACUGGUGCGGGGUGGAAAUAGCAGGGAUAUGGACCACAGACAGCGCCACGUCAGUUUAUAUCAGUGUCAUACAGGGUAUUUCAGUAGUGAACAGUGAAGUAAGUGCUGAGGAGGGUGACAGUGUCACUGUGCAGUGCCACUACAGUAAGAAACAUAGACAGAAUGUUAAGAAGUGGUGCAGGAGCGGCCACUUAAGAUCUUGCUCAUUUACAAACAACGGGACGUUCAUCAGUGAAUCUUUGCUCAUCAACGAUGACCAAAUGGACACAGUUACCGUGACGAUGAAGCACCUGGAAAUGCGAGAUGCAGGAUGGUACUGGUGUGGAGCCGGCGAGCACCAAGUGUCUGUUAAUGUGUUAGUCACUCCAAGAUCAAGCACAACUGCCUUGGGUGUAUGUACACAAAAUAAGCUGACUGAGGCUUCUGUUAAAGCUCAAAACUCCAACAGUUACACGGUUCAGUGUUUUCUGAUAGUGUGUGGAUCUCUGAUCUUCUUGCUGACUGCAGUCUUGGGAACAAGGAGGAUUAUGAGAGGAUACAGAUUGCUAAACUUUUAACUUUCUUUUUGUUGAGAUUUUUGGAGUUUAAGUAUCACACCUCAGGUGUGAUAGAUUUUUUUAUAUAUUCAGGUUUUCAAGCUAUAACAGGAAGUAUACUAUAAAACCGUCUAUCCUAAAGUCUUUGUCACAUUAAAACAGACCUCAUAAAUAUUUCUGAAUCUUCAAUGAAAAAUGUGUCUAUAAUUAAUGUAAUAAAUAAAUAAUCAUUAAAAAGAAA